AUGGUCACGGCCUGCUGUGCUUCACCGUUGCCUAAUCGCACCGACCCUGAAGGCACCCGCGUCUCUUGGGAACGACAGAUCCGCUCUCUGGAUAACAUCCAUCGCCUGAUGAUCAAGCAACGCAUUGUGGACAGCAUGCACCUAAGGGACCUGAUCGACGGCGUCAAACGACCCCCAAAACUGCGCGCCUCUACUGUCAAGGCUCUCCAGGCUGACCUGCCUGCCUCGACGGAAGUAGGCGAAGAUGUUUCCAGGAAAUACGUCCUGCGCAUUGUCGCAUCCAAACAAGGUUCAGCUCCGAACUACAACUGGCGCACAAUGGUCAAAGAUGGUGAGGAUGCCAAUUCCUCUCGACUGCAGGUGUUGCACUAUUCGUUCAACAUGAGCAGUCUGGCCAAGAGGUACGGAAUUCAUCUGACGGAAGCUACGAUUGAAACUUCCACAAAGCCGUCUGCUUACGUGCUCUACGUGGACAACGCCACGUACUACGGCAACUGUUCAAGAGGAAACCCUGAAUGUGUUGUAUCUUCGAAUGGACAGGAAAUCAGAGUGCAAGUCAAAGCUACUCAGCAUCUUGCCAAGAGGUGGUUUUCGGGCAGGAACAUUGAGGCGUUCAUCACGCUGUUGGUGCGGGACGCAAAUUGCAACCGACCUCAAAGUCGUCACUGUCGCAAGAACCUCCAGACUUCGCCAGUGCUGAAACUGUCCCUGACGGAAACGAACUCUCUGUCAUCGAGGGACAAGCGACAAGCACUGCCGAACAUGACCAUGAUGGCCGGAAACAUCGCCACCGACUGCGACACCCAAUGGGACGAGCAGUUCCUGAAAUCAAUGAACACCGGCAUCUACGACAGUUUGAUGCCGUGCUGUCGUCGACGCCUGCGCAUCACCUUCGACGACUUCGGAUGGGGGGACUGGGCCUAUGCACCACGUUCGUUUGACUCGUAUUACUGCAUCGGCAGGUGCAGUCACUUCGGAGGCUUCGCGAGUAGCAAAACCGAGGGCUACGCCUACUACGCUGAGAUAAUGAAUUGGUACAGGGACGCAAAGACAGCUGCACUUAGUCCUUGCUGUAGCCCCGUCAAAUUUUCUCCACUGACCAUCUCGGUGAUGCAAGGCCCCAAUGAACAAGUUACUCAAACCUUAGAAAAUGUUAUCGUCAAACAAUGUGGUUGUCUUUGA